UAUUUGUUAAAGGUGGCAAUUCAAAACGGGAACCAUCAGAUAAUGCAUUUUUUAUUGACCUGAGUGUGUUUGAUCUGACAGGUUCAAACGCUUCCAGCGCCUACGUCGGCACCAGCUUUUGCUUGCGAGUUAAUCCCUUAUUUGUCUCAGCAAGAUGUCUGUGAGAACUCUCCCCCUGGUUUUCAUUAAUCUGGGUGGAGAGAUGCUUUACAUACUGGACCAACGCUUACAAGCUCUCAACACGUCUGUGGACAAUUCAGAAAAAGUCAUGACUGACAUUGUCGGGGCCAUGUUUAGUAAGGACUUAAUGGAUGAACUUCUCAAACCGCAGCAGCUGUAUUCUCACAGGACACUGAAAACUGUGCUCACUCGGUUAGCACACACCUCCAUCAUGAGGUUGAGCCAGGCCAGUAUGGACAAACUUUACGAGCUAAUGGUCAUGGCGUUCAAGUAUCAGGUCUUCCUUUGUCCACGGCCUAAAGACUUGCUGCUCAUCACGUACAAUCACAUAGAUACCAUCAGAGAAUUUGUCCAACACACUCCGGUGGUUGUGAACCAAGUGGACGAGACACAUAGGAAGGUCAUUGAGGUGUACUCAUCUCUGUCAGAGGGGGAAUUCCAGCUUCUCAGACAAACACUGCUCAUAUUUUUCCAAGACUUACAUGUUCGCGUGUCACUUUUCCUCAAAAACAAAGUCCAAAAUCCCAACGGACGUUUUGCCCUCUUGGCAUCUGGCCCAGUGCCUCAUGGAAUUGAUGUUCCAGGGCUUAUUAGGAUGUUUGACAGAAAGGGCAGAGAAGUGAGACGUGGCGAGUUCCCCACAGGAGGAAGUUACACCAGCCCCAUCAGACAAGGGUGUUUUGAACUGCAUGGGGACAGAGUCAUCAGCCUGGGCAUGAACAUAUACAGCGGGAACCAUCCAGAGGAGACAUACAUAUCCAAGCCUCCUUCUGUCAAGAAAGAUGACGCUCCCAACCUGCUGGCCAAGGAGGAGCUCAAUCUGCUGGCUCGUCUGAUGGGCAGCAUGAAGGCCGAGGACAUACCCGAAACCGAAACUGCCUUUCGGAUCAACCUGUUUACAACUGACGGAGAGGAGGGGGGCACGGAAGCUUCAGGAGGAGCUAAGCAGUCCUCGUUUGAAGUGAUAAAUAUUCAAGCAAUCCAGGAUGAACAGGCUGCGACUCAGCUGGCCCGAAUCGCGGGACAGUUUGCCGAAGGAGACGAGCUGCCUGAAAGUCUCAGCACCAACAAAGGCGCCGACCUGCUGUCCUUGAUGGACGACCUUUGACCCAGUUGUGUCAUUUCAACACUUCAUCGCUUUUA